AUGACUACGUUGCUCAAAGAAACGUUCGCAAGGUGCAAGAAAGAAGGCCGCAAUGCCUUGGUCACGUUCAUGACCGCCGGUUUUCCUAGUGUAGAGGACACAAUCCCCAUCCUUAAGGGGUUGCAAGAGGGAGGUACCGACGUUAUCGAGCUUGGGCUUCCAUUCUCAGACCCUAUUGGAGACGGACCUACCAUCCAGGAAGCCAACACGCAGGCGUUGGAGAACGGAGUCACCAUUCCACAGUGUCUGGAGAUAGUCAAAGAAGCCAGAGACAAGGGAGUUGUGGUUCCAAUAGUGUUAAUGGGCUACUAUAAUCCCAUUCUCAAUUACGGCGAAGAAAAAAUGGUCCAGGAUGCCAGGGACGCCGGUGCAAAUGGUUUCAUCGUGGUGGACUUGCCUCCUGAAGAGGCCGUCAAGUUCAGAGGUGUGUGCACAAGAAUUGGAUUGUCAUAUAUUCCAUUGGUUACCCCCUCGACUAGCGAUGACAGACUAAAGUUACUUGGUCAGGUGGCUGACUCGUUUUUGUAUGUGGUUUCGCGUAUGGGAACCACUGGAGCCACCGGCACUUUGGAGAAUUCCAUCCCUGAGCUCUGCGCCCAUGUCAGAAAGCUUACUGGUGGUGAAACGCCAUUGGCUGUUGGAUUUGGAAUCAGCACACGUGAGCACUACUUGCAGGUUGGUUCUGCAGCCGAUGGUGUCGUUAUUGGGUCGAAGCUGAUCCAGGUGGUCAGAGAAGCUGCUGCUGGAACCAGAGGUGAGGCUGCUAAGAAAUACGUUCAAAGCAUACUCAACAACGAGACUCACACAUUGCCUGUUUAUGCUAAGCAAGAGCUCCCUGCUGAAUCCUCUGGGGACCAACUGACCUUCGAGGAAGCCCACAAGUUCAACCCUCGUUUCGGCGAGUUUGGUGGUCAGUACGUUCCAGAGGCCCUCCACACUUGUCUUGCGGAGCUUGAGAAGGGUUUUGAGAGUGCUGUUGCUGACCCAUCUUUCUGGGAGGAAUUCCGCUCUUUGUACCAGUACAUGGGUCGUCCUUCGUCCUUUCACAGAGCCGAAAGGCUCACCGAGCACGCUGGAGGUGCUCAGAUUUGGCUCAAACGUGAGGAUCUCAACCACACGGGUUCCCACAAGAUCAACAACGCCAUUGCACAAGUGUUACUUGCCAAGAGACUUGGUAAGAAAAAGGUGAUCGCCGAGACCGGUGCCGGCCAGCACGGUGUUGCAACUGCCACUGCUGCUGCCAAGUUUGGUCUCCAGUGUACCGUCUUUAUGGGCAAGGAGGACGUCAGACGCCAGGCUCUUAAUGUGUUCAGAAUGAAAAUCUUGGGUGCCACUGUGAUUCCAGUGACCAACGGAACCAUGACUUUGAGAGAUGCCACCUCCGAGGCGUUCCGUUUCUGGGUCUCCAACCUCAAGACCACUCAUUACGUUGUCGGCUCCGCUAUUGGACCACAUCCUUACCCUACGCUGGUUCGUACAUUCCAGUCUGUCAUUGGUAAUGAGACGAAGGAGCAAUUCAAGAAGCUUAAUGAUGGAAAGCUUCCCGAUGCCGUGGUGGCUUGUGUUGGUGGAGGGUCCAACUCCACCGGUAUGUUUUCUCCAUUCGAGAAGGACCUUUCAGUUAAAUUGCUUGGUGUUGAGGCUGGUGGUGAUGGUAUUGACACAGACCGUCAUUCUGCUACUUUGACUGCUGGUAAACUGGGAGUUUUCCAUGGAGUCAAGACAUACGUUCUACAGGACUCAGACGGCCAGAUCCACGAUACCCACUCGGUUUCGGCUGGUCUUGACUAUCCAGGAGUCGGCCCAGAGCUUGCAUCCUGGAAGGCCAGUGGAAGAGCCGAAUUUGUUGCGGCUACCGAUGCUCAGGCCCUCGAGGGUUUCAAGCUGCUUUCCCAGUUGGAAGGUAUCAUUCCCGCUCUUGAGUCCUCCCACGCCAUCUACGGAGCCGUUCAGCUGGCCAAGACAAUGUCCCCUGAUCAGAAUCUGAUCAUCUGUGUCUCUGGAAGAGGUGACAAAGAUGUGCAGAGUGUUGCUGAGGUGCUGCCUAAGUUGGGUCCCCAGAUCAACUGGGACCUCAGAUUUGAGCAGGAGAAGUAA